AUGGCGUCUAUCACCCGCGCGUUGCGGCCUCUGUCCCGCACUGCUUCGACCUCCUUCCGCUUGGCCGCCAGACGGUCACUGCCUCACCGUUUCACCCCCAGCACCACCCAUGCAUUCUCGACCACCUCCCGCCGGCGGGAUGUCGACCUGUCCAGCCUGACCCCGACGCCGAUCACGCUUCUGUCGGAGACGGAGUCGCUCAUGGCGGAGACGGUGUCCAAGUUCGCACAGGAGCAGAUCGGACCGAAGGUGCGCGAGAUGGACGAGGCGGAGACGAUGGACCCGGCAAUCGUGGAGCAGCUGUUCGAGCAGGGUCUGAUGGGCAUCGAGAUCCCGGAGGAGUUCGGCGGCGCCGGGAUGAACUUCACGGCGGGCAUCGUGGCAAUUGAGGAGCUGGCGCGCAUCGACCCCAGCGUCAGCGUGCUGGUCGACGUGCACAACACGCUCGUCAACACCGCGUUCCUGAAGUACGGCGAUGCCCAGGUCAAGCGCACGUGGCUGCCGCAGCUGGCCACCGGCACCGUCGGCUCGUUCUGUUUGUCCGAGCCGGCGUCCGGCUCCGAUGCCUUCGCCCUGCAGACUAAGGCCGAGAAGACCGCCGACGGCUACAAAAUCAACGGCUCCAAGAUGUGGAUCACUAACUCCAUGGAGGCCGGCGUGUUCAUUGUCUUCGCCAACCUCAACCCCAGCGCCGGGUACAAGGGUAUCACCGCCUUCAUCGUCGAGAAGGACACCCCCGGCUUCUCUAUCGCCAAGAAGGAGAAGAAGCUGGGCAUCCGCGCCAGCAGCACCUGCGUGCUCAACUUCGACGACGUCGUCAUCCCCAAGGCCAACCUUCUGGGCGAGGAGGGCCAGGGCUACAAGUACGCCAUUAACCUUCUUAACGAGGGGCGCAUCGGUAUUGCCGCCCAGAUGACCGGUCUAGCGCUUGGUGCGUGGGAGAAUGCCGCAAGCUAUGUCUGGAACGACCGUAAGCAGUUCGGCCAGCUUAUUGGAAACUUCCAAGGCAUGCAGCACCAAAUUGCCCAGGCCUACACGGAGAUUGCUGCCGCUCGCGCCCUUGUCUACAACGCCGCGCGCAAGAAGGAGGCUGGCCAGGACUUCGUCCAAGACGCCGCCAUGGCCAAGCUCUACGCCUCCCAGGUUGCCGGCCGGGUGGCCAGCUCGGCCGUCGAGUGGAUGGGUGGCAUGGGCUUCGUGCGUGAGGGCAUUGCCGAGAAGAUGUUCCGCGACAGCAAGAUCGGCGCUAUCUACGAGGGAACCAGCAACAUCCAGCUGCAAACCAUUGCCAAGCUUCUCCAGAAGCAGUACACCCGGUGA